AUGAUCGCGCCGACGAACAAGCCGACGAUGGUCAAGUGGGAGCACCUGUCCUUCGUGAUCAUGGACGCCCCCAACGACAGCAACUUGCACAUUUAUCUCAAGGAGCUCAAGAAGCAUAACGUUACAGAACUCGUGCGCGCCUGUGAGGUCACUUACAGCAGCGAGUCUGUGGAAGCUGCGGGCAUCCACGUGCACGAGCUCGAAUUCCCCGACGGCGAAUCACCCGACCCGGAGAUCCUGGAUCAAUGGCUCGAUCUAGUCGAGACGUGCUUUAAAGACAACUCUAUUGACUCCAAGAACAAUAAGUCGAUUGCGGUGCAUUGUGUGGCAGGACUUGGCCGAGCCCCUGUUCUUGUAGCCAUCGCGUUGAUCGAGUACGGACUGGACCCCAUCAAUGCCGUAGAGCAUAUCCGCAAGUUUCGCCGUGGGGCCAUCAACCUGCGCCAGCUCAAGUAUCUGGAGAAGUACCAACCUCGGCGUGGCAAUAAGGCCAAGUGCACCAUCAUGUGA